AUGUGGGAAGUGGACUCUGACACGGGGUCCCACAGCGCGUCGUCUGAUGGACUUCGGAGACGGCAGGGAUGGGAUCCAGAAGCCGAGAGUCUCGCUUCUCAUAUCGACGAACUCGACGAAGUCCUCGCCGAGGAAGAAGAAGGAUGCCCGCUGCCUUCCACGCCGGAGGAUCAACACUUACUCGACGCGGAAAUGGCUGAAGUUUUAAAAGCGGGCGUGCUAUCCGAUGAAAUCGAUCUCGGCGCUCUGGCCCACAACGCGGCUGAGCAAGCGGAGGAAUUCGUUCGUAAGGUCUGGGAGGCGUCGUGGAACGUGUGUCACUUCAGACAUCUGCCCCGUUGGCUGCAAGACAACGACUAUCUACACAAAGGCCACAGGCCUCCACUGCCGUCUUUUAGUGCCUGCUUCGCUUCCAUCUUCCGUAUACACACCGAGACUGGUAACAUCUGGACACACUUGCUCGGCUGUGUCGCGUUCAUCGGCGUCGCCAUUUAUUUCCUAACACGGCCCUCUAUCGAAAUACAAAUGCAAGAGAAGAUGAUCUUCGGUGUUUUCUUCAUUGGCGCUAUAGUAUGUCUCGGCUUUUCGUUCGCCUACCACACACUGUAUUGUCACUCGGAAAUGGUUGGUAAACUGUUCUCAAAGCUCGACUACUGUGGCAUAGCACUGCUCAUAAUGGGUUCAUUUGUUCCUUGGCUGUACUACAGUUUCUACUGUCACUACAGACCUAAAAUAAUAUACUUGUCCGUGGUGAUUGUUUUAGGUAUAUUAUCUAUUAUAGUGUCACUUUGGGAUAGAUUCUCAGAGCCUCGCCUCCGUCCCCUUCGAGCCGGUGUGUUCAUGGGUUUUGGUCUUUCUGGUGUAGUGCCAGCUAUACAUUAUGGUAUCACUGAGGGCUGGUUCAGCCAAGUUAGUAAGGCAUCGCUCGGCUGGUUGGUUUUAAUGGGUCUUCUCUAUAUAUUGGGGGCUAUGUUCUAUGCUCUUAGAGUCCCUGAACGUUGGUUCCCAGGUAAAUGUGACAUCUGGUUCCAAUCUCAUCAGAUAUUCCAUGUGCUUGUGAUUGUGGCAGCGUUUGUUCAUUAUCACGGUAUUAGUGAACUAGCAUCGUACCGUGUAACUGUCGGUGAGUGCUCGAUGCCUCCCUCAUCCAUUGCCUUCUAG